AUGGCGCUAGUCAGACACAGCCUUGGUUCUUCUAGCAGCAUCGAUGGCUUGAGUAGCGGCAAAAGCUCAGCCAGCCAAGCUUCUAAGAGCGCUUCUAGUGCCAGCGGAAUUGCUGCAAGCGCCGCCGGUGGACUGAGCGCUGGUAGCGGAUUAAUCAGCAGCGGCAUAGCAAGUGGAUUAAGCGCGGCUAGCGGAUCAUCUAACGCUAGCGGAUCGAGCAGUAGCAACGGAAUUACCGCGGCAGCAGUGGCUCAAGCGGCAGCAGUGGCUCAAGCGGCAGCAGUGGUUCAAGCGGCAGCAGUGGCUCAAGCGGCAGCAGUGGAUCAAGCGGCAGCAGUGGAUCAAGCGGCAGCAGUGGCUCAAGCGGCAGCAGUGGUUCAAGCGGCAGCAGCGGAUCAAGCGGCAGCAGCGGAUCAAGCGGCAGCAGCGGGUCAAGCGGCAGCAGUGGCUCAAGCGGCAGCAGCGGAUCAAGCGGCAGCAGUGGAUCAAGCGGCAGCAGCGGUUCAAGCGGCAGUAGUGGAUCAAGCGGCAGCAGCGGAUCAAGCGGCAGCAGUGGAUCAAGCGGCAGCAGCGGAUCAAGCGGCAGCAGUGGCUCAAGCGGCAGCAGUGGCUCAAGCAGCAGCAGCGGAUCAAACGGCAGCAGUGGAUCAAGCGGCAGCAGUGGAUCAAGCGGCAGCAUUGGAUCAAGCGGCAGCAGCGGCUCAAGCGGCAGUAGUGGCUCAAGCGGCAGUAGUGGAUCAAGCGGCAGCAGUGGAUCAAGCGGCAGCAGUGGCUCAAGCGGCAGCAGUGGCUCAAGCGGCAGCAGCGGAUCAAGCGGCAGCAGUGGAUCAAGCGGCAGCAGCGGUUCAAGCGGCAGUAGUGGAUCAAGCGGCAGCAGCGGAUCAAGCGGCAGCAGUGGAUCAAGCGGCAGCAGCGGAUCAAGCGGCAGCAGUGGCUCAAGCGGCAGCAGUGGCUCAAGCGGCAGCAGCGGAUCAAACGGCAGCAGUGGAUCAAGCGGCAGCAGUGGAUCAAGCGGCAGCAUUGGAUCAAGCGGCAGCAGCGGCUCAAGCGGCAGUAGUGGCUCAAGCGGCAGUAGUGGAUCAAGCGGCAGCAGUGGAUCAAGCGGCAGCAGUGGCUCAAGCGGCAGCAGUGGUUCAAGCGGCAGCAGCGGAUCAAGCGGCAGCAGCGGAUCAAGUGGUAGCGGCGGAUCAAGCGGCAGCAGUGGCUCAAGCGGCAGCAGCGGAUCAAGCGGCAGCAGUGGAUCAAGCGGCAGCAGCAGAUCAAGCGGCAGCAGUGGAUCAAGCGGCAGCAGCGGCUCAAGCGGCAGUAGUGGCUCAAGCGGCAGUAGUGGAUCAAGCGGCAGCAGUGGCUCAAGCGGCAGCAGCGGAUCAAGUGGCAGCAGCGGAUCAAGCGGCAGCAGUGGAUCAAGCGGCAGCAGCGGAUCAAGCGGCGGCAGCGGAUCAAGCGGCAGCAGCGGAUCAAGCGGCAGCAGUGGCUCAAGCGGCAGCAGUGGCUCAAGCGGCAGUAGCGGAUCAAGCGGCAGCAGUGGAUCAAGCGGCAGCAGUGGCUCAAGCGGCAGCAGUGGCUCAAGCGGCAGCAGUGGUUCAAGCGGCAGCAGCGGAUCAAGCGGCAGCAGCGGAUCAAGUGGUAGCGGCGGAUCAAGCGGCAGCAGUGGCUCAAGCAGCAGCAGCGGAUCAAGCGGCAGCAGUGGAUCAAGCGGCAGCAGCGGAUCAAGCGGCAGCAGUGGAUCAAGCGGCAGCAGCGGCUCAAGCGGCAGUAGUGGCUCAAGCGGCAGUAGUGGAUCAAGCGGCAGCAGUGGCUCAAGCGGCAGCAGCGGAUCAAGUGGCAGCAGCGGAUCAAGCGGCAGCAGUGGAUCAAGCGGCAGCAGCGGAUCAAGCGGCGGCAGCGGAUCAAGCGGCAGCAGCGGAUCAAGCGGCAGCAGUGGCUCAAGCGGCAGCAGUGGCUCAAGCGGCAGUAGCGGAUCAAGCGGCAGCAGUGGAUCAAGCGGCAGCAGUGGCUCAAGCGGCAGCAGUGGCUCAAGCGGCAGUAGUGGCUCAAGCGGCAGCAGCGGAUCAAGCGGCAGCAGUGGCUCAAGCGGCAGCAGUGGAUCAAGCGGUAGCAGUGGAUCAAGCGGCAGCAGCGGAUCAAGCGGUAGCAGUGGAUCUAGCGGCAGCAGCGGAUCAAGCGGCAGCAGUGGAUCAAGCGGCAGCAGUGGAUCAAGCGGCAGCAGUGGCUCAAGCGGCAGCAGUGGUUCAAGCGGCAGCAGCGGAUCAAGCGGCAGCAGCGGAUCAAGUGGCAGCGGCGGAUCAAGCGGCAGCAGUGGCUCAAGCGGCAGCAGCGGAUCAAACGGCAGCAGUGGAUCAAGCGGCAGCAGCGGAUCAAGCGGCAGCAGUGGCUCAAGCGGCAGCAGCGGAUCAAGUGGCAGCAGCGGAUCAAGCGGCAGCAGUGGAUCAAGCGGCAGCAGCGGAUCAAGCGGCAGCAGCGGAUCAAGCGGCAGCAGCGGAUCAAGCGGCAGCAGUGGCUCAAGCGGCAGCAGUGGCUCAAGCGGCAGUAGCGGAUCAAGCGGCAGCAGUGGAUCAAGCGGCAGCAGUGGCUCAAGCGGCAGCAGUGGCUCAAGCGGCAGUAGUGGCUCAAGCGGCAGCAGCGGAUCAAGCGGCAGCAGUGGCUCAAGCGGCAGCAGUGGAUCAAGCGGUAGCAGUGGAUCAAGCGGCAGCAGCGGAUCAAGCGGUAGCAGUGGAUCUAGCGGCAGCAGUGGAUCAAGCGGCAGCAGUGGCUCAAGCGGCAGCAGUGGAUCAAGCGGUAGCAGUGGAUCAAGCGGCAGCAGCGGAUCAAGCGGUAGCAGUGGAUCUAGCGGCAGCAGUGGAUCAAGCGGCAGCAGUGGAUCAAGCGGCAGCAGCGGCUCAAGCGGUAGCAGUGGAUCUAGCGGCAGCAGUGGAUCAAGCGGCAGCAGCGGAUCAAGCGGUAGCAGUGGAUCUAGCGGCAGCAGUGGAUCAAGCGGCAGCAGUGGAUCAAGCGGCAGCAGCGGCUCAAGCGGUAGCAGUGGAUCUAGCGGCAGCAGUGGAUCAAGCGGCAGCAGUGGAUCAAGCGGCAGCAGCGGCUCAAGCGGUAGCAGUGGAUCUAGCGGCAGCAGUGGAUCAAGUGGCAGCAGUGCCUCAAGCGACAGCAGUGCCUCAAGCGGCAGCAGUGGAUCAAGCGGCAGCAGUGGGUCAAGUUCCAGAAGCCAGGCGAGCAGCAGCAGCAGCUCCUCUUCCAAUUAGAAGACCAACUCGUCUAAUUCCCUCAAACCGUCCAACCAGUGAAUUCCGAAUUAAAACCGUACAUCAAUUAUUAAAAUAUCCUAUAAUUUUAAUAUAUGAAUGAUCGACUUAAUUGGUAAAUAUUAUUUCCAUACAUAUUUUUGGGUACAAUGAAAUGAAAUGAAAUUAGUUUAUUUGCAUUAAACCGUUUAAAAUUAUUACAAAAGCCAUGUGCUACUAUUUUGGCAGCUGUUCGAUUACCUUAAGAUGUAGGUACGCAGAUAUUUUACGUUUUAUAUUAUAAAAAAAAGGGGGAACAAAAUUAGAAUCCAAUUAUGUUAUUUAAAUUGUCGUUACAUAUUAAAAGUUUAGUUAAUGGUACGUCAUGUCACCUCUACAUAUACACAUAACAACAUUGUAAUGUAACGGUCAUUUUAAAAUAAUUGAAGGUUAUUUACUUUAACACUUAGAAUUAUAAAUGGAUUUAAUUUUGAACUUUCUUAAUAUUAGUUCUAUGAUUAGGAAUUAACGUAACAUAGCAAGAAAUGUGUUUGAUAAUUGAACUCGUCCAUUUGAAAUAAAAUUAAUUUGAGCAUCAGUA